UUGUCGAGCAGCCCAGCGGGACAUUUGGGGAACCUUGCCCAAUGUCCCAAACUCCCGCUGCGGCCAUCUCAACGAAACCCCAAGCUUGCUUAUUAACCCCGGCAGUCGGUGGCCAUUCUCGCAGAUUGCCCUGUACCGUUGAACCGUUCGGAAGUGCGUGAAGUGGUCGUCGGUUUUGAUUUUGGCCAAAGUGGUGCGCGCUGUGAUUUGAGUGAAGGAGAUUUAGGAAGCAAGAGCAGCAGCAAUGCAUAAACUUGCCACCGGUCAGCUGCUGGCAACGGUCUGUUGCGUGGCGUUGCUGCCCCAGCUGCUGUACCGGUCGAUCGGGGCCAACGGCCAGCACCAGCCGGGGGAUGAAACGUGCGAAACGCUCCCGUCGGAGAUUCAUCUGAUCAAAGAGGAAUACGACGAGCUGGGCCGCCUCUACCGGACCUGCAACGGGGACGUCACGGUCAACAAGUGCGAGGGCAAAUGCAACAGCCAGGUCCAACCGUCGGUCAUCACGGCGACCGGCUUCCUCAAGGAGUGCUACUGCUGCCGGGAGUCGUUCCUGCGUGAGCGCCAGAUGCAGCUAACCCACUGUUACGACCCGGACGGUGUCCGCAUGACCGACCACGACUCGGCCACGAUGGAGAUUCGCCUCAAGGAACCGAUCGACUGCAAGUGCUACAAGUGCGGCGAUUUGGUGCGUUAAAUGUGGAAGAUUUGGAUGGAACGGACCCCCCGAAUAAAAAAAACAGGAUAUUAUGUGACUUGAGUUAAACUGGAUGACGACGAACGACGAACGAGCGAGUUUAUGAUUAAUUUUAGAGUAAGUUUAGUACUGGCCCUUGUUCUCAAUUUGGUGAUUGUCCUCACCGCAAUGAUGCGAUGCCCCUCGUAGGAACUUAUAUGCAAUAUAUCCAGAGUAAUCUCAACUUGUGAAAUUUUGGUUUGUACGAUUGUUUGUGUAGUAGACAGUAGGAAAAUAUUUGAAGUGUGAAUAUGUUUGUAGAAUAACAAUUAAUAAAAGUGCUGCGAUAUUA